AUAUCUGUUGCCAUCAUAUACAUAUUUCAACAUAUAUGUUGAGUCGGAGAGAGAGAGAGGGGGAGAAAAAGGAAUGAUGGAUACAAGCAUCCAAAAAGUCAUACACAUAGACCUUCAAAAGUCUUCACCUUAAAUUCCUAACACAUAUGUAUGAGUAUGUGAUCUUUGUUUGAUCUUUGUCCAAAGAACUCCAAGAUAGACCAAAAAGGUUCAACCCCCAAAACAAACAACACAAAACAGCCAAAUAGCUAGAGACCAAGAUGAGAUCAAGCAGCCAAAAUUCUGAAAACUCCAAGACUUGUCUAUCUAACAACUUCAAAGCAACCACCAAGAACGAAGAAGAUAAAGAUGAAGAGGAUGAUGAAGAAGGCGAAGAGGAUGAAGAAGAUAGAUCGGGAGAUCAGAGCCCAUCUAGCAAUAGCUAUGUGGAAGAGAGUGGGAGUCACCAUCAUCAUGAUCAGAACAAGAAGAAUGGUGGAUCCGUGAGGCCGUACAACCGCUCAAAGACUCCAAGGCUGCGAUGGACACCGGAGCUCCAUAUUUGCUUUCUUCAAGCUGUGGAGAGAUUGGGUGGACCAGAUAGAGCAACACCAAAGCUUGUUCUUCAAUUGAUGAAUGUCAAGGGGCUAAGUAUUGCCCAUGUCAAGAGCCAUCUUCAGAUGUACAGGAGCAAAAAGACCGAUGACCCUAAUCAAGGAGAUCAAGGAUUUUCUUUUGAACACGGAGCUGGUUACACUUACAACCUUAGCCAACUUCCAAUGCUACAAAGUUUUGAUCAAAGGCCUUCUUCUAGUUUAGGAUACGGAGGUGGUUCGUGGACUGACCACAGACGACAGAUCUACCGUAGCCCUUGGAGAGGCUUAACAACACGAGACAGUACAAGAACAAGACAAACACUGUUUAGCUCACAGCCUGGCGAGAGAUUCCACGGAGUUAGCAAUAGUAUUCUUGACGAUAAGAACAAAACUAUUUCGUUUCGAAUCAAUUCUCAUGAAGGGGUUCAUGAGAACAAUGGAGUAGCUGGAGCUGUUCCAAGAAUUCAUAGAAGUUUUCUUGAAGGUAUGAAAACGUUUAACAAAUCAUGGGGACAGAGCCUCUCUUCCAAUCCUAAGUCCUCGACCCCAACAAUACCACAAGAUCAUAUUGCUACAACACUAAAUUCUUAUCAAUGGGAGAAUGCUCGAGUGGCAGAAGGAUCAGAGAAUAUUUUGAAGAGGAAGAGAUUAUUAUUGUCUGAUGACUGCAAUAAGUCAGACCAAGAUUUGGAUCUAAGCUUGUCCCUUAAGGUACCUCGGACACACGACAAUCUUGGAGUAUGCUUGUUAGAAGAUGAAGAAAAGGAACAUGAUGAUCAUCAAGAUAGCAAGGGUUUGUCUCUUUCAUUAUCUUCGUCGGGUUUAUCAAAACUCGGCCGAGCCAUUAGGAAAGAAGAUCAAAGUGAUCAUAAAAAGAGAAAGAUUUCGGUCUUGGCAAGUCCCCUUGAUCUCACUCUGUGAAUAUAUAUAUAUCAUAACUUAUGUACGUAUAUUCUAAGUGAGAUCUUGUGGUACUUGUUGAUGAAAGACGGUUCUGUAUUGUUUAUCAUUCGUUGCAUACUUGUGACAAGACCCAUAAUUAAGGAAAUAAUAGAGACAUUUUUUAACGUUA